ACUGGAAUAUAUCCGUAACUGAAGCAAAUAAUUUAUUCUAGUUUAUGAAAAUUUAAAAUCCGAUUUCAUUUUGUGAUAUAUAUACACACACUAUAGUAUAGUGUGACUCUACAAAAAUACAUUUUAGAGAAAAAAAUUAGAGUGACAAGAUGGAGCAUUUUAGUGGAUAUAUUGAAGUUGUUCCUCCUCGUCGUAAUACUCGUUCUUGUAUUGUUGAGUUUGAUGGCGCAUCGCGUGGAAAUCCCGGACCAGCUGGUGCAGGAGCUAUACUGCGUUCUGAAAAUGGGAAUGUGCUCUAUCGAUUCCGUGAAGGAUUAGGCUACCAAACAAAUAAUGUUGCUGAGUAUCGCGCUUUGAUUUUAGGAAUGAAACAAGCCAUCCGAAAAGGAUAUCAUCACAUCGCUAUCAAAGGGGACUCUGAGCUAGUUGUCAACCAGUUUAAGGGUUCAUGUAACAUCUACAAUGCAAAUUUAAGGAGCUUAUGUAACGAGGCUUUGGAGCUGAAGGGUGACUUUCACUCAUGCACCAUCCAACACAUUCGCAGGGAACUUAACACUGAAGCUGAUGCUCAAGCAAACCAGGCCGUCUAUCUCGGAGAUGGUCAAGUUGAAGAAGAUCGCAUGAAUUAAUGUUCAUAUGACAGCAUGCCACUGUCAAAAACUAUUGGCAACUAUGUUAUCUUUCUGUCUAACAAGUAACAAUUUAGCACAUUAGUGGUUUUAUAUGUGACCAUGCAUGUCAAAGGUCAAAUAUUGUUUGUAAUAUUGUAAAUUUGAACAUGCCUCUACAUUGUUUGUAAUAUUUCUGAAUUAAGUACUUUUUUCUAUGUUCAUCUGAAAAACUCUUUGCUAUGUGA